UUAUACACUUUUAACAGAGAAUGUCGUUGGUGUUUGGUAUAAUAUUUACAUUUAUUUUGUUCUUGAUUCUGUUGAAAACGUCAGAAAGGUGCAGUAAAAUAUGGUUUGCAAAUUUUUACGAAAUCGUUCUGUAUUAUAUUAUAGAGUUUUUUAUCGGAAAUCUAAGAAAACGUUGCUUACAAAAUAUAAAAUUAGAAAUUUCUAACGACCCAACACGUUCUCGUGAAGGUCGACUAAGAAUUUUAGAAAUAGGACCGGCGGGUGGAAGAAACUUUGCAUUUUAUCCCGAUAACAGUUUGUUAACAUUUGUGGAUCCAAAUGAAUCUUUUCGAACGUUUUUCAAUCGAAAGAAAGGUCAAUUCGGAAGUCUUCAUUUGGAGAAUUUCUACUGUACUGGAGCAGAAGAUAUGAAUGAAAUAAAAGACGAAAGUGUGGAUAUUGUAGUAAGUACACUUGUACUUUGCUCGGUGCAAGACAUGGAAAAGUCCUUAAAAGAGAUCAAAAGAGUUUUGGUGAAAAUGCAAAAUGCCUUCCAAGACAUUCGGCAACUUGCAGAUUGCAGUUUACAACUUGAACAGAAGCUAAAAAUAAUUGACUUUAUGAAGAGAUUUGGAAAGUUUCCAUUGAGACUGUCCUUGGCUGGUUUUUAUCACAUUGACAAGAAGAUCAUUCUGAGGAUGGCAAGUACACUUCAUUCUGUUUUCUCAGGAUUAGUGAAGUUGAAACGUGUUACUAGAAUUAAAACCAACUGUACUGAAGUACUAAAAUCAAAUUAUACUGAA